CUCUUUUUCCUCUGGAGGGGUGGACACUGUAAAAAGGCUCAGCAGCAGCAGCAGCCUUUCACUCAGCCUUCCUGUCAUUACCUGUACAGUCCAGGAUGAAGAAGAAGCUGAUCCUUGAUGUAGACACGGGCGUUGAUGAUGCUCAGGCCAUCAUGAUCGCCCUCUCCUCCCCAAAUGUGGAGGUUUUGGGGAUCACCUGCUGCCAUGGCAACACACCUUUGAAGAACGUCGUCAAGAACACCCUGCGUGUCCUGAAAGUUUGCAAAAGGCUGGACAUUCCGGUCUACAAGGGUUUCUCACAGCCCCUACUGGACAACAAGCGACAUGCCGGGGAUUACCACGGAAUUGACGGACUGGGGGAUGUCCCGGAUCUGGAUGCUCCAGGCAUAGAGUUGCUGCAGAAGGAAGAAGCAGUGCAGGCCAUGAUCAAGAUCGCAAAGCAACAUCCUGAAGAGGUGAUCCUUGUGGCCACCGGACCGCUCACCAACCUGGCGGUCGCCGUGCAACUAGACCCCUCUUUCCCCAAGAGAUUGAAGGCACUCUACGUCAUGGGUGGAAACACCGACUCCAGGGGGAACACCACGGUGUGCGGAGAGUUUAACUUCGUAGCUGACCCCGAGGCGGCUUACGCGGUGUUGGAGCGCUUCAACUGCCCCACCUACAUUGCCACGUGGGAGUUCAGCUGCAGGUGCAGCCUUCCAUGGUCAUUCUGCGAUGAGUUGUUCUCCCAAAAAUCAGAGAAAGCUGCCUUCAUGAAAAAGAUAUCGGCCCUUUCAAUGGCGAAAGCUAAAUCAGCCGAUUACCAAAAGGAGGUCAUCGCAGGAGGAGGAUUCAAUCCCUGCGACGUCUUCGCUUUGGCUGCUGCGGUCGACGACUCAUUCAUCACAAAGAAAGAAGAGGUGGCAGUGACUGUGGAGCUGGACGGGAGGCACACCCGGGGCAUGAUGGUCCUGGACUACAUGGAGUUGCUGAAGAAGGAGCACAAGGUCUUCAUCAUGAAAACUGUGGACUUGGAGAAACUGAAGAAGAUGCUGAUCAACGCCGUAAAGUAGAGAGAAUGUGUGACAAACAUGAAUUUGUCAUGAUCAGUGCCCCCCCCCCCCCCAUCUGCUCCCUUCCCUGCCCCUUCAUGACAUGCCAGGUUUUCUGCCCCUCUCCUUCUUGUUUUGUUUAUCCAUCAGCUCCUGUCAAUCUGCACUUCAAGUCUGCACAUGGCACUUCUCUGUCACCUCGCCCCCUCAGCUGAUUCACUGCAAUCAACCUUCAUGCCUCUCACCUGUUCUCUCCACUACUUAAACUCCAUGCCCACACUCAUUCGGCGCAAGAUUAUUAAACCUCCCAUUGUCCCCGAUUCUCAAGCCAUUCAUAGUUUCAUGCCUGAACCUCAAGCCUUUUUAUUGGAUUUGCCCCUCAAACCACGUUAUUGCAGCUGCUCUGCACAGGACCAGUGACAUCAUCGCUGCAGACUUGACAGGUGACUCUCACUCUUCAUCUGCCUGUGAAGACUGUCAUCUCAGCUGAUCCUGACUUUGCUCCCACAGCCUAUAAUAAAUAAAAAAAGUGUUCUUGUUUUUGCA